UGGUAUGUUCCAAGCAGGAGAAAAUGAGGAGAAAGACAAGAAAUUUCAAACAUAAGACAGUUAAUAAAGUACUCACAGAAGGGAGUGACCAAGAAUCUGAAAAAGACAAUAGUCAGUGCUAUGACCUUGCAACAAAUGGGAGAGUUCAGGCUGAAAAGAGACAGUAUGUAUGUACUGAGUGUGGGAAAGCCUUUAGUCAGAGUGCAAACCUCACAGUACAUGAGCGAAUCCACACGGGAGAGAAACCCUAUAAGUGUAAGGAGUGUGGAAAAGCUUUCAGUCAUAGCUCUAAUCUUGUUGUUCAUCGGAGAAUCCACACUGGACUGAAGCCCUAUACAUGCAGUGAAUGUGGGAAAUCUUUCAGUGGAAAGUCACAUCUUAUUCGGCACCAGGGAAUCCACAGUGGGGAGAAAACUUAUGAAUGUAAAGAGUGUGGGAAAGCCUUUAGUCGGAGUUCGGGCCUUAUAUCACAUCACAGAGUUCACACUGGAGAGAAGCCCUAUACUUGUAUUGAAUGUGGGAAAGCCUUUAGCCGUAGUUCAAACCUUACUCAACAUCAGCGAAUGCACAGAGGAAAAAAAGUUUACAAAUGUAAGGAGUGUGGGAAAACAUGUGGUUCAAAUACAAAGAUUAUGGACCAUCAGAGAAUUCACACUGGAGAGAAGCCUUAUGAAUGUGAUGAGUGUGGAAAAGCUUUCAUCUUAAGGAAAACCCUUAAUGAACACCAGAGACUUCAUCGUAGAGAGAAACCUUACAAAUGUAAUGAGUGUGGGAAGGCUUUUACUUCUAAUCGAAACCUUGUUGAUCAUCAGAGAGUUCAUACUGGGGAGAAACCCUAUAAAUGUAACGAAUGUGGGAAAACCUUCAGGCAGACUUCUCAAGUUAUUCUACACUUGAGAACCCACACUAAGGAGAAACCCUAUAAAUGUAGUGAGUGUGGGAAAGCCUAUCGGUAUAGCUCACAGCUUAUUCAACACCAGAGGAAACAUAAUGAGGAGAAAGAAACCUCAUAAAUAACAAAUAUUGUGGGUAGUAGGGCUGACUGCUGCUUUUCUAAAAAGUAGUUCUUUAGUAUCAACCAACUCUACUUCUAAGAAAAUAAUUAGAAGUAGACAGAGAUUAAUGAAAGGGAUGUUCGUGGCAGCAUCAUAUAUGACUGAAAGAAGGAAACUAGAUUUUCAACAUUACAGGGUUGAAAUGAAUGGUGAGCUAUCCAUAUGAUGGUUCUGCAGCCAUUGUAAACAUUUUUAAAGACAAUUUAAUGCCAUGGGGAAAUGAUUUGGAUAAGAUGGAAGAUAAUGAUAUACAAUCCAAAAUUUAAAAAAAUAUUUAUGCAUAGGAAAAAUUGAGAAGGAAGUAAACCAAAAUGUUAACAGUGAUCAUCUCUGGGCGAUAGGAUUAUAGGUGAUUUCUAUUUUCUUCUGUAUACUUUUCUAUGCUUUCUAGAUUUUCUACAUGAGAAUAUACUAAUUUUAUAUGCAAGAAAAAAAGCACAGUAUUUUUUAAAUGCAAUGAAGACAUGCUCAUUUUCACUCAGCAGUGUUAUGAAAGGCACAUAGUAUAUAGAGCCCGAAGCCCUGGGAUUGCACCCUGACACUGGCAUUUAGCAGCAGUGGAACCGCGAGCAAGUCCCUUCCUUUUAGAGCAUGUUUCCUGUUUAGUAAAAUCAUAAACACUGAUCCAUUGUCUUUUUUAGUUUUAAGACAAGCUGACUUUAGAGUUGUCAACAAAAUAUAUAAUAACACUGUUAGGUUAAAAGAACUCAGCAAAAAUUCACUGAACCCUCCUUUCCCACAGUUCUGGAAGGAUCUGCAGAUGAUGGAGAACUACCUAGGCUUCGUCUUUUCAAUUAUGUCUACACAACCGGAAAAAAAUGAAAUUGAAACAAUUGUAGACUCAAAAACUUCAGAUACAGUCACCAAUUAAUAUAAAACUAGUAGGAGACUGCCUUCACAUGGUAUAUAGAGCUUAAAGGCUAAAAGUACAAACCUUGGGGUUGGAGAGAUCCAUGUUCUAACCCCAGUUCUACCAUGAACUAGCUUGUCAGUUUUGGACAAAUCACUUAACUGCUCUGAGCCUCAGACCUGUGUGUAAAAAAGGAAUAAUUACCUACCUUACAAGGUUGUUGUGAGGAUUAAGUGAGUAAUGCAUGAAAUAUAUGAUAAGCCAGACACAUGGUAAAUGAUAAAAUCUUAAGUAUAGGACAUUGGAGCAGUGUUUCUAAACACUUUAGGGAGAGUGAUUAAAGAGAAUUUUUGUGUAAGGUAGUACUUAGGAUAUUUUCAGAUGUAUUGAACAGAAUACCAAGUACUAGCAGCCUAGACCUUAAGAACAUUGAUGGAUUGCUUAAGGGGAAAUCUAGAGGUAAGCAGUGCUAUGUUUGGUUUGGCAACUCAGCACUUCAUCAAACUUCUCUCUUAACUCCAUAAUUUUCAGCAUAUUGACUUUCAUUUUUCAUAACCUCAUGGUGGCAAGACAGUGGCCACAGCUGCAUCUUGCCUUCACACAACUCCUUCAAAUUGGGAAGUGGAAAAGGAGCUGAGGCUUUCUCAUCUGGUUUCUUCCUUUUGUCACUGAGAAAAAUCUUUCCCUGAAGAAGGGAGGGAGGGGUGUUGAGCAAUCAAUACAACAGAUGUUUUCUA